AAUCUCUUCUACAUCUUGCUAGCUACUACUUAAUUACCAGUACAGCAGUACUAUAUUUUUUUUCUUUGUUCAAGCUCUUUCUUAAGGAUAGAAAAAUGAGCUGGACAGCAGGAGAUUGGAUGUGUCCCGCCUGCCAAAACCAGAAUUUCAAAAAGCGAGAUGCAUGCCAAAAUUGCAGUUACCCUAAGUAUGGUGGCCCUGAUCCAUCAUCAUGGCAAGUGGUCCGUCUGGGAGACUGGUAUUGCACCGCUAUGAACUUUGAAAAUCAUUCUCUAUGCGGAGCUCACAAUUUUGCCAGCCGAUCAAACUGCUACAUAUGUGGAUCUAGAAAACAAGAGGGCGGCCCGACUAAACCUGGUGACUGGACUUGCCCAAGAUUGGAAUGUGGAGUUCACAACUAUGCUAAAAGGACAGAAUGCUUUAAAUGCAAAGCACCAAAAGGAUAUGGUGGUGGAGUUUAGAGAUAGAAAUUUAUUAAGAAGAAUAUCUCGAGCUUGUUUCCUUCACGUCUGAUAUCUUUGUCAGUUUACUCUUGUACCGGAGAUAAUUAAUAACAUUUAGCUGGCUAGAUUGAUCAUGGUAGAAAGCCCUUUUUCUGAAGCAAGCAGGCCAUGUAACUGCAUUUGGAAUUGGAAGGGUUUCUGGCUUUAAUGUAUGGUGCAUGGUGUUGUUCUAACAUGAAGCUUUUGAAAUCUCUUGUUUUUCUUUUCUAUCUUAAUUAAUGAAGAUACUAUG